GGGGCGCUGACCGUGGUGCUGAACGCGCCUCGCGCCCCUUUAGAGUUGAGUACAGGACACGGGGUACCGGAGCAUCAGUCAUCUCACUGCCUCUGACCCACUUCUGCUCUAAUCACAGCACCCCCGAAACCCGAGAGAGCCGCUAUGCUGAAUUAACGGGAGCUGAGCUGAGCUGGGCUCGAUGAGCAGGAUGGCUCGUGUGCGCGCGCUGCUCCUCGCCUCUCUGUCCGUCCACGCGCUCGCCGUUUCCAUCGCCGACCGGAGAUUCGGUUGUCUGUUUGAAGAUGUGUGUAAACUGAAUGAAGUCUGCAUCAAUGAUGCGGUGUUUGGUCAGUGUCUGAGGUAUCCAGGGUCAGAUGUGAGCUCUUUCGAUGUGUCUCCAGCAGCGGUGCAGCGUUUGCGAAGUGUUCUUCAGAAACUGGCCCACAGAGGAUAUACUUGGCAGGAUGACAUAACUCAGCAGGUAAUCUCAAAAGAGCUCUCACAACUUCCCAGGGUUUCUCUUGGAGGAUUUGCAAACACCUUUCCUCAUUUCAAUGACAAUUCCCGGAAGCUGAAGGCUCAGAAAGAAGCAGCGAGCAGGACAUUGCAAAGGUUCCUUCAAGGUUUCCUGCCUUCUGAUGUUUCCUCCUUCAAACAGAGUCCUCAAGGGCGAAGAGAGUUUUGGAAGGAAAAUGGACUGCGCAAUCAUAAGGUUUUUAUUCAGCCUCCUUCAGCACAGAUCCCCUUCCUACAAGGCCGCCCUGAUCUCCAGACAACUGUGGCGCAGCUUCCCUCAGGUCGAUCAUCCUUCAGUGGGUUUGAACAGGAUCGUAGCGGAGUCCCUCUUGCUGAGCUUCAGCAGUAUCAAGCUGGGCCCAUGAGAGCACAAGAUCCUGGUAAAGGUCAAACACAGGGAAAGCUGCAUUACUUCAGCCUCCAGCGCACUCCUGCUACCAAAAUAGAAAAACUGCCUGGAGCUUCCAGACAACCUCCAAAGCCCCAAAUCGAAAAAUUGUUGCUCAAAUCUUCAGCAAGCAGUCCAGCUCGUAAGGAGGCCCUCAGUACAGUAGAUGAGAAGUUCAUUGAUGGAGUGGUUAACCAGCUAGGACGUCAGAGCGUCAACGUGGACACUUUGACCCCAAAGGACCUGGACAAACUCUCCAAAGUAAUCACACAGGCCCUGCGGGUGGUAGAUGGAGAAGAAAAGGUCAAAGGCAGAGACGCCACACAGGGUGAAAUAGAGGUAAAGAGGGAACCCAGUCAGGAAUUACAUCAGAUGGAGAAAGCAGAAGAUGGCCCAACUCAUAAAGUAACUCAAACAGAAGAAACUGCCCAUAAAUCUGAAGACAAGGACAAAGGUUUUAUCAGCCAGCUGCUGGAGUUCCUGGAUCGUAACUCUGGCACUGAAUCUGCUCAUCCUCCCCAAGAGUCUUUUCUGGGGUACAUCAACCAGCCAAAUGCUGGAAGUCCACUGAGAGCCAGUUUGGAGAAUGUCCAAAGCCGGACAACGCAAAGAGAAGUAGACCUGAUGAAGAAGAAAAUGGAACCUGACACUUUGGAUGUUGAGCCAGUAGAUGCUGAGGUUGAACAGUGGAUGCACAGCUCUGAAGGCUCUCCACAAGUCAAAGCAGAGGCUCAAACAGAUAAAGAGCCUCAAAAACAAUCCAUGGACAAAGAAGAGGUGGAGAAGAAGGGUGUUCGUGUGGAAGUGAACAUUGCAACGUAUUCAAGUCCACACGACGGAGACUUUGGCUAUAUUAUUACUGAAGAUUCGCUGUCCACUGAUCAGGGGCUGAACCUCAUGGAGAUCUUAGCUGAGCGAGUCAGGCUUCAUGUAACAGAUUUCCUACAGCUCUCGGUUCUAGGGCCAGCAGUAACCUUUCGACUACGACCCAAUGCUCGAAACAUCAGCACGGCCCAGCUAGCCAGAGUGGCAGUUGAGCAAAAAGGACAGCUGGAGAAGGAGAGUGGUCUGCGGAUUCUUGAGGCUGGACUGAGUGAUAGGGGCAAACUAAACCACAUUCCCCUGGUCAAACAGAGUCAAGUGGAGCCAGGCAACUUUUUGAUUCUGGUGGUGGUGUCCAUGGUUUUCAUUGUACUGGUGUUGGGGAUGUCGGGGGCUCUGUACUGCCUGCGCCAUCGCUCCCACCAUAAGCUGAAGGAGAAGCUCGCCGGUUUAGGAAACGACACAGGCCACGAUGCCACAGCAGCCUAUCAGGAUCUCUGUCGCCAGCGUAUGGCGGUGCAGACAUCAGAGCGAGGCGAGCGAUCGGAGGUGUUUCACCCAUCGCACACGUCACGCAUUAACAGCGUGUCCUCACAGUUCAGUGAUGGACCAAUGCAGAGUCCCUCGGCCCGCAGCAGCACAUCAUCCUGGAGCGAAGAGCCUUCCCAAACCAACAUGGACAUCUCCACUGGACACAUGAUACUGUCGUAUAUGGAGGAUCACCUGCAAAAUAAGGAUCGUUUGGAUAAGGAGUGGGAGGCUCUGUGCAGUUACCAGGCUGAGCCAGCAGUGUGUGCGGUGGGUCAGGAGGAACAGAAUGUCCAGCGCAAUCGCCCACACGGCGUCCUUGUGUAUGAUCACUCUAGAUUCAUCCUGAAGCUGGAGAAUAACCAAUCCAGAUCUGAUUACAUCAACGCAAGUCCUAUAAUGGACCAUGACCCCCGAAAUCCAGCCUAUAUUAGUGCUCAAGGUCCUCUUCCCUCCACAGUGGCAGACUUCUGGCAGAUGGUCUGGGAGAGUGGCUGUGUGGUGAUUGUCAUGCUGACACCUCUCGCUGAAAACGGCCUCAAACAAUGUCAUCAAUAUUGGCCUGAUGAAGGCUCAGACCUCUACCACAUAUAUGAGGUUAAUCUGGUAUCCGAGCAUAUCUGGUGUGAUGAUUUCCUGGUGCGCAGUUUCUACUUGAAGAAUGUCCAGACUAAUGAGACCCGCACAGUCACCCAGUUCCACUUCUUGUCCUGGAUGGACCAGAAUGUUCCAGAGUCUGCUAGAACCUUGCUGGACUUCCGCAGAAAGGUUAACAAGUGCUACCGGGGCAGAUCUUGUCCAAUAAUUGUUCAUUGCAGCGAUGGUGCCGGAAGGAGUGGAACCUACAUCCUGAUUGACAUGGUUCUGAAUAAAAUGGCUAAAGGUGCUAAAGAGAUUGAUAUUGCUGCUACGCUGGAGCACCUGAGAGAUCAGAGAUCAGGCAUGGUGCAGACCAAGGAUCAAUUUGAGUUCGCACUGACGGCUGUAGCAGAAGAGGUGAACGCCAUCCUGAAAGCUCUGCCUCAGUGAAGGGAACUUUCACAAACACUUCCAACCAGUCUUCUUCCUAUCUUUUCUGUGUAACUUUGGAUAAAUAUGAAAAUUGACACUAUUUCAGGCUCUUUCCAGACUGUAUUGCAUAAGACGUUUCUUUGUACUUUGUGUAAAGUUCUAUAGCAUUGAAAUAAAUGUUAGAACGAUAUUCAACUACUGUAUAGCCAACUAGGCAUGCAAUCAUAUUUGCAGAUUAAAUUGGUGUUUACAUAGUUGUGCAUCUGAAAUAUCUGAAACGUGUUUGUGUGAAGCAGAUGUGAUUUUAGCGGUGUUGUAUUACACUGUAUUAGUCCACUGCAGUUAUAUUAUUAUACACUGAGAUCAUGUGACUGACCUUUACAGUUAUGGAUGAGCAAUAUUAAUGCAACUAUGAGAAACUUUAUUUUACAGUCUCUUUGUUAUGUGAAUUUAACUAACCCUAAACCCUGCUCCUAUAACACUAACCCUUUUGUAAGUGCUUAAUGAAUGACUCAGAACCUAAAUGUAUAAUUAAACUGUAACAAGGAGACCUUAAGAUAAAGUUUACCCCAGCAUAUUACGGUUUUCCAGUUGUGCUUUACUUGAACUCAACCUUUGUUGUUGUGAUAUAUCGUUUCUGUCAACUAACAAACAGAUUGUAUUAGAUAUAAAUAUAUUAUAUUAUAAUUGAUUAUACGUACAGAAUGAACCAUGUGAUUUAAAAUGGUCUGCCAAAAUGUAAUUGUAUAUAUUAUUUUUGUGUGUGCAGUAUAAAAGUAACAUAAUAAAUAUCAUAAUGCUGUAAC